CUGGUUGCCGGCCUGAUAACCCCCCUCGCUCUGCCUGCUUUCUUCUCCCACUACAGUGCGUGAGAGUGGGUGCUGCAACGCCAAUUGCCCAAGACCAACGCCGUCAUUGCUGCCACGCUACGAGUGUGCCAGUUGAGGGUUUUACCGGAUACACGCUCCAUUCGAGCGAGCAGGGGUACAUCCACCGCAUUCGCCUUCUGCCUACGCGUUCCACUGCUUCCCCACGGCGCCCAUAGCCACCCUCCACGUCACCCAUAUGCAAAGAGCUCCUUGAAGAGCCCCGCGACCCCCCUCGCUGAAUCAACUUCAGCGACCCACCAUGGCUUCCUACCUCACAAACCGCUGGCGAGGUGCCGGCGAGCCUCAACGCGCCAGCCCGAGUUGGUGGGAUCGUCACAUGUCCCCUUUCUUUCUGGCUGUCGCAAAGAAGGCCUGCACACACCCAAUCCAUACCAUUGUCACCAUCGCCUUCCUGGCCAGCUACUCGUACUUGGGCGUCCUCGACAAGGGCCUGCUGGACACCACUGCCGAAAUCACGACGGGAAAGGUGGACUUUCAAACGCUUUUGGCGGGCAGCAAGAGACUGAGGGUUGGAGAGGAGACAUCAUGGCAGUGGGAAGCUGAGGAGAGCAGUGCGGUUCUGAACAAGGAAAAGACGGGCCAGGAGUUCGCUCUUGUAACACUCGUGUUCCCCGAAUCGAGCACCAUCAACUCUGCACCCUCGCAAAAUGCCGUCCCCAACAAUGUCUCCGUGGAACUCCUCCCCAGCUCGUCGAGCUCAUUCUCUACCUUCUCGCAAGACACGUCGCUCGCCUUUUCCAUCCCGUACACUGAGGCCGCCGACUUUGUCAUGGCCAUGCAGGAGAUCUCCGCGCCAGAAGUCGUCGCAGAAGCCCAAGGCUCCGAGCAGGAAGGCACGCACGAAAAGAAGAAGUGGAUGAUGAGGGCCUCCAAGAACGGAAAUGCCCCUGGCGGCGUGCGAAACUGGCUGCGCGACUCGUGGACGUCAUUCGUUGACUUGCUCAAGAACGCUGAUACAGGUGACAUCGCUAUUAUGGCUAUGGGAUACCUCGCUAUGCACUUGACCUUUGUCUCACUCUUCCUCGCCAUGAGGCGCCUUGGAUCCAACUUUUGGCUCUUCACAGCUGUGCUACUCCAGUCGGCAUUUGCUUUCUUGUUCGCUCUUGCAGUGACAGUCUACCUUGGUGUGCCCAUAAACAUGAUUCUGCUUUCCGAGGGUCUGCCUUUCUUGGUGGUCAUUAUUGGAUUUGAGAAGCCCAUUGUCUUGACCAAGGCCGUGCUCUCUGCUGCUUUGGAUGCCCGACGCUCUGCUGAGGAACACCGCGGCGAACCCUUGACUAUUCAAUCUGCUGUUCAGAUUGCUAUCAAGAAGACUGGCUUUGACAUUGUCCGGGACUACUUCUUCGAGAUCCUGAUCUUGGUUGCAGGUGCCAUGUCGGGGAUCCAGGGUGGCCUCCGCCAAUUCUGCUUCUUGGGCGCAUGGAUCCUUUUGUUCGAUGCUAUCAUGCUCCUGACCUUCUACACCUCAAUUCUCACUAUCAAGCUGGAGAUCAACCGAAUCAAGCGUCACGUGGCUCUUCGUCGAGCUCUCGAAGAUGAGGGCGUGGACGGCAAAGUGGCGGAAACCGUCGCUCGCAACAACGACUGGCCAAACGCCAGCUCCGACGUCCAGGUCCGCAGCAAUACCACCACUGUGUUUGGAAAGAAGAUCACGGUCCCGAAGUUCAAGGUCCUGAUGGUUGCUGGGUUCAUUCUAGUCAACGUACUCAAUGUGAUCACUUUCCGAUUUGGCCUGACACCCAGCAAGGCUUCCCACGUCGCUGGUGUCAGUGCGACGCCUCCACUUGACCCGUUCAAGGUCGCUGGAAGUGGAUUGGAUCACAUCCUGGAGCAGGCCAAACUCGCCGGAACCUCGACUCUCGUUACAGUACUCACACCAAUCAAGUACCAGCUUGAGUACCCAUCUGUUCACUACGCUGAGCCUGGCUCUGAGACUGGAUCGGUCUACGGUGGCAACAUUAGCACUCAGAUCGUCGAUGGUGUAUUGAAGAGUUUGGAGGAUCCGUUCCUUAGCAAGUGGAUCAUCAUGGCUUUGGCAAUGAGUGUUGUCUUGAACGGUUACCUGUUCAACGCCGCACGCUGGACCAUCAAGGAACCGCACAAGCCUCUCGAGCCCCCUUCGCCGUCAGAGGUCCAAGAUGGAGCUCCUUCUACAACUCAGUCUCGCGUGCCGUCGAUGUCGGCGCCAACUCCACCGCGCACCCCCGGCUUUGAGGAUCAGGCAAGUCGCAGCACUCUCAAGCCCCUCACGCAAAUCGCUCCACCACGCGAGCCUGCUCAGCAGAUGCUUCGACCCGAAAUUCCAGCUGGACCUACUGAGGAACAACAACGUCAGCCCAACCGACCCACGGAGUUCUUGGAGCAGAUGCUUCGGGACAAGCAAGCGCCUUCGCUCACAGACGAGGAGCUCAUCGAUCUGUCGCUCAAGGGCAAGAUUCCUGGUUAUGCUCUGGAGAAGACACUUGGUGACAAGACUCGCGCUGUCAAGGUCCGACGAGGUGUAGUCACCCGAACACACGCUACUCGUGAAACCUCCACGCUUCUGGAACGAUCUCUGUUGCCGUACAAGGACUACAACUACGAUCUGGUUCACGGUGCAUGCUGUGAAAACGUUGUUGGUUACCUUCCCCUUCCUCUUGGUGUCGCCGGUCCUAUCCUAGUUGACGGCCAAAACUACUUCCUGCCUAUGGCGACCACCGAGGGUGUGCUUGUUGCUUCGACCUCGAGAGGUGCUAAGGCGAUCAAUGCCGGCGGCGGUGCUGUUACUGUGGUCACCGGCGAUGGUAUGACGCGCGGUCCUUGCAUUGGCUUUGACAGCUUGCUUCGUGCAGGCGCGGCAAAGAACUGGCUCGACUCUGAAGACGGUCAGAAGACUAUGAAGGAUGCUUUCAACUCGACAUCUCGCUUCGCCAGACUCGUCUCGCUGAGGAGCGCCAUUGCAGGAACAAACCUCUAUGUGCGAUUCAGGGCAACGACUGGUGAUGCUAUGGGCAUGAACAUGAUUUCCAAGGGUGUCGAACACGCUCUCUCCGUCAUGGCCACAGACUGCGGUUUUGACGACAUGCGCAUUGUGACUGUGUCUGGUAAUUACUGCACCGACAAGAAGGCCGCUGCUAUCAACUGGAUCGAAGGCCGUGGUAAGGGUGUCGUCGCCGAGGCCAUCAUCCCCGGCAAAAUCGUCCAAUCAGUCCUCAAGUGCGAAGUCGACGACCUCGUACAAAUGAACAUCUCCAAGAACCUGAUCGGCUCCGCCAUGGCCGGAGCAAUGGGCGGCUUCAACGCGCACGCCGCCAACAUCGUCGCCGCGAUCUUCCUCGCCACGGGCCAAGACCCCGCCCAAGUCGUCGAAAGCGCAAACUGCAUCACCAUCAUGAACAACGUAAACAACAACCUCCAAAUCUCCGUCUCCAUGCCCUCAAUAGAAGUCGGCACCAUCGGCGGCGGCACCAUCCUAGAACCCCAAUCCGCAAUGCUCGACCUCCUCGGCGUGCGCGGCGCACACCAGACAACCCCCGGCGACAACGCCCGCCAACUCGCCCGCGUCAUCGCCGCAGGCGUCCUCGCGGGCGAACUUAGCCUCAACAGCGCUCUCUGCGCUGGACACCUCGUUAAAGCUCACAUGGCGCAUAAUAGGAGUAAUGUUCCUAGUCGUGCGCCGACGCCGGCGCCUAUGACGCCUGUGGGGGGCGCGCAGACACCUGCGCUUGUUAAUGGGCCGGUGCCUAGGCGGUAGAGCGGUGAUGGGGGGGUUGGUUCUGUGUUUUGUGGUUGCGCUGGUAGGGUAGGUUAAGGCUAUGUGGAUUAGAGGCGUCGACAUGGGAUGGGAUGAGGAUGAUACGAAAAGUAAUGCAUGUGGGAUGGAUGACAUGAUGGGGAAGGGGGGGCAAAGGUAUCAGGAAUCUCGACAUACAUGACUGCAUUUAAGAUAGGAUUUCUUUUCCGCAGAUGGAUGGAGCGAGCGAGCGAGCGAGCGGCUCUUGUACAUAU